AUGGAGAUGUCCAUAAGCAAGAGAGAGAGCAUCAGUACGAAAGGCAAGGCCACCGUGCAGCGCAAGGGGCCCGACAUGACCGAAUCCCAGCAAAAGAAGGCCAAAAACGACCUGAAACGCAGCAUACGGGCGACCAAGAAGGAGGCAGAGGCGACGGACAGCAGGACGGAGCAGAUGGACAAGCACCGGGUGGAGGUCGCCGAGCAGCUGGCCAGCGCGGCGGACGAGUGCAAGGAGCUCAAAGCGCAGGAGGCGAAGCUUGUUGGGGAAAUCGAGGGGGCUGCCAUCGAAAAGGCCCGUGCCCUGUUCGCGACGGCCCACCACCAGAGGGCCGCGAAGAGAUUCGAGGACCUCGGCGCGGGGAAGUACAAGCCCCAGGGGCGGGACGCGGAGCAGCUGCAGCAGGAGCUGCAGAAGGCUGUGGAGAAGCAGGAGAAGAUCAUGGCGGCCGUCAGAGCGAUGGCCGAGGAAUUUCCGGACAGGGCUCCCCUGCUGGAUCGAGUGUUGUUGCAGGUCGUCGCUCCAUCCGCGAGUUAG